AUGAUGAAGCAGUCGUACCGACAUGUCGUGUCGAGAUCUAUUGGACUCUCUUGCCGCCGGCCUCUGCUCCCGCUGCGGUACGUCUCCAAGCUCUCAUUUCGGCCCCAGGAUAAGCGCGCGGAACCACGAUUGGGUUCAUUCUUGGCUUGCGUAGCAGCAGCUGGAAUCGCUGCGAGCACCGCUUUGUUCCAAAGUCGCAGACAUGUUGAAGCAGAAGCUGCUUCACCGCCGGGGCGGACAAUUCGCCUGUCCGAGGUUCGGGAGCAUGGGGCGAAGGCUGAGCGUCGAUGGGUCGUCAAAGGGACCAGUGUAUACGAUAUCACCGACUGGAUCCCCAACCAUCCAGGAGGGGAGGUUAUUCUCCGCGCUGUUGGUGGGGUUAUUGACCAGUACUGGGACAUCUUUUCUAUACACAAAAAGCAGGAUGUGUAUGAUGUUCUGGAACAGUAUUACAUCGGCGAGUUGGACCAUCAGGAUCUCGUGGAUGGCAAAGUACCCGUUGAUGAUAUUGAAGAUCCCUUCGUGACUGAUCCGACCAGAGAUCCUUCUCUGAUCGUCCAUACCGAGAGGCCGUGUAAUGCCGAAGCAGCCUUGGAGAGCCUGAAGACUUACAUCACCCCCAACAAAGCAUUCUAUGUGAGAAACCACCUGUGGGUUCCAGCAGUAGACGAGGAAACAUUCACUCUGAAGAUUGAGCUUCCUGACGGCGAGGAAAAAACAUACACCAUGCAAGAUUUGAGGGCCAAGUUUAAGCCUGUCCAGAUCACUGCUACGCUACAAUGUUCAGGCAAUCGCCGCAGGCACAUGAGCGAGGAGGCACGCUAUGCUCAAGGCCUGCAAUGGGACAUCGGCGGCUUGUCUAAUGCAACAUGGACUGGAGUUCGCUUGCGAGAGGUUCUUGCGCAUGCUGGUUUCACAGACGAUGAUGUCGAAGAAAGCGAGACGAAGCACGUCCAAUUUUACGGCGCAGAAGCAUACGGAGCUUCAAUUCCAGUCGAGAAAGCAUUGGACCGGUACGGAGAUGUGCUUUUAGUGCAUACCAUGAAUGGGGAGCCUUUACCUCGAGACCACGGGCAUCCUCUCAGAGUGCUAGUCCCCGGCCACGUUGCGGCGAGGAGCGUCAAAUGGCUGAGCAAAAUCGUGCUAUCGGAGAUCGAAUGCCAAUCGCAGUGGCAACAGCGCGACUACAAAUGUUUUGGUCCGAACCAGGGUGGCAGCGAUGUGGACUGGGACAGUGCCCCAGCCAUCCAAGAGGUUCCGGUUCAGAGCGCCAUCGUCACUUUACGUGAUGUAUCUGCAGACAAUAAGCUUCUGCAAGUGUAUGGCCUCGAGGAAGACUCGGUUCAAGUCGAGGGUUAUGCCUUAUCUGGCGGAGGCCGAAGAAUUGUACGAGUAGAUGUGAGUGCUGACGACGGACGAUCUUGGAAUCAAGCGGACCUGCUUCCCGACGAAGCUGAGGGCACCAAAUCUUGGGCGUGGACGCGCUGGCGAUAUAUUGUGCCCAAACGUCUGGCGGGGAGACAAUUCGUCGUCAAGGCUGUUGACGAUUCAAACAAUGUGCAGCCGGAGUCCUACGAAGCUCAUUACAACUUUCGAGGCAACCUGACCAAUGGCUGGCAUCGUGUGCCAUACAAGAGGAGGAGUCAGGGCAAGCAAUAG